GCAGAUUCAAAGCAGAGCCGCGGGCCAUGGCAUCGCCAUCGCGUCUCGCGCGUGUUCCCCGUCCCCGCCCCACGCCGGCGUCCUCCCCCGUCGUCGCCGCGCUCCUCGCCUCCGCCUCGCCUCUCCCCGCGCGGCGCUUCCUCCAGCUGCACGCGCACCUCCUCCGCACGGGCCUCCUCGCGCUCUCCCCCAUCGCCCCCGCCUUCCUCUCCCUCGCGGCCGCCUCCCUCCCGUCCCGCCGCGCGCUUGCGGUCCUCGACCACCACCUCGCCUCCUCGGCCUCCCUCCCCUCCACCUUCCAGUGCAACUCCAUCCUCCGCGCCCUCUCCGACCCCGCCGACGCGCUCCGCUUCCUCCGCCGCAUGCGCGCGCUCGGCCGCCGCGGGAACGCCUUCACGCUCGCCAUCCUCCUCGCGCCCCGCUGCGGCCCGGCCCACGCGCGCCAGCUCCACGCCAACGCCGUCGCCGAGGGACACCUCCGCGACGCCCUCCUGGCCACCUCGCUCAUGGGGUGCUAUGCGAACGGCGGUGACGGGGACGGGGCGCGCAAGCUGUUCGAAGAAAUGCCGGUACGGGAUGCGGUCGCGUGGAAUGUUCUGAUCGCCAGCUGCGCGAGGAACCGGCGGACGAAGGACGCUCUGAAGCUGUUUGAGGAGAUGAGGGGGAGGGAGACCGAGGCGGAGCCGGAUGACGUCACCUGCAUCCUGCUCCUCCAGGCGUGCACGAACCUGGGCGCACUCGACUUCGGGGAGCGGGUGUGGGCGUACGCGCAGGAGCGUGGUUACGGGGGCGAGCUGAAGGUGCGCAAUUCCUUGAUCCCGAUGUACUCGAGGUGCGGGUGUGUGGAGAAGGCGUACCGGGUGUUCUGCGAGAUUCCUCAGAAGAGUGUGGCCUCGUGGACUGCGAUGAUCUCCGGUUUGGCAGCGAAUGGAUUCGGGGGGGAUGCUAUCUCAGCGUUCGAGGAGAUGAUUAGGUCAGAUGUUGCUCCUGAUGAACAGACUUUUACCGGGGUUCUUUCUGCAUGUAGCCAUAGUGGGCUGGUUGAUGAAGGUUUCAGGUUUUUUGAUAUGAUGCGCUGUGAGUACCGAUUGAAGCCAAAUGUUUGCCACUAUGGGUGCAUUGUUGAUCUGAUGGGCCGUGCUGGCUUGCUUGAUGAAGCUUAUGAGCUUGUGACAAAGGAGAUGAGGGUUACACCAGAUGCCACAAUUUGGCGAACUCUUCUUGGAGCCUGUCGAAUCCAUGGCCAUGUUGAUCUUGGGGAGCGUGUGAUGGGUCAUCUGAUUGAACUGAAAGCGCAGCAAGCUGGGGACUAUGUUCUAUUGUUGAACACAUAUGCAGCAGUUGGGGAUUGGAACAAGGUAGCAGAAGUCAGGAAGUUGAUGCAGGAAAAAGGAAUACAAACUACACCUGGCUGCACAACUGUGGAGUAUAACGGCGAGGUUCAUGAGUUUAUUGCUGAUGAUGAUGCACACCCAAGAAAGGUGGAGAUUUAUGAUAAGCUUAAUGAGAUAAACAGGCAUUUAAGGAUUGCUGGUUAUGUUCCAAAUGUGUCAUCGGAGCUGCAUGAUUUGGAUUCAGAAGGGAAGGAAAGUGCCCUCACCUUUCACAGUGAAAAGUUGGCAAUUGCUUUUGCUCUCCUUGUGGCGCCGCAGCACAGACCAAUACGGCUUGCGAAGAAUCUUCGUGUCUGUGUAGAUUGCCACAAUUUCACAAAGUUGUUUUCUGGUAUUUAUAAACGAUUAGUUAUUGUCAGGGACAGAACACGAUUCCAUCAUUUUGAGGGAGGAAAGUGUUCGUGCAAUGAUUAUUGGUAAUCCAUUCUUGCUUGUAUGUUGCAUUUGCAGUGCAUCGCAGGGAUGUGAAGUUUACCACACACAUACAUUGGAUACCAGUGCAACACUGAAUGCUGCAAUUGGCAACCCUGAAGUCAUAAGCACUUAAUGGGCUCUAAUAUGAUGAUAAGAAUGUUUUCACACAAGUGACAAGUAGGUUAUGGGGUUAUGGCCUGUCUGCUGUCAUCAGUAGUUAAAGUUCUACUUUCAACACCUAAGAAUAAGGCCCAAGAAAACAUAUCAACAUACCAGGCAUUCAGAAUAGGACUGCAGAUGCAGCCAUAUCACUAUAUCAGUAUUCAGAUCUUGCCAACAACUGCAAUAUCCUAGAGGACCAAGACACAGAUAUUGACUGAUUAGAAGGGUCAUUUAUACUUGUAAUAAAACCACAAACUCAGCUCAUAACAUAAUAAUGAUAUGUUAUCAUGCCUUAGUACA